CUAACAGACCUCGCUCUGACCUCAGUGCCAUCACCUCUUGCCUGCUCAUCGCUCUCCUCCGUCUCACCAUAAAUACCCACCUCCGCAUCAACUCGCUGACACACUCGAAGCUUCUCCGAGCUCAGAAGCAGUACGCAACGAUGAAGGUAGCACCUGCAGGCAUCCUCCUCCUCCUCCUCGCAUUCGCACUCGUGGUGGUCGAGCCAACCCGUGCUUUCACUUGCAUCCAAGUCGAGACGUGCCUAACUCCGUGCCUCACGUACCUGACGGGGCAGCAGCCGGCGCCGACGCCGGCGUGUUGCGACGGUGUUCGGAGGCUCAAGAACAUGGGCAUCACCCCCGCCGAGCGCCAGUUCGCAUGCAACUGCGUGAAGCAUGCGGCGGCGCACUUCCCCAACCUGAAAGACGACGCGGUCAGCGACCUGCCGGGGCUGUGCGCCACGCCGCUUCCCUUCCCCAUCAGCUUGGAGUUUGACUGCUCCAAGUGA